AUGACCUCCACCUACUGGUUCAAGGACAGCCAGGAGCUCAUCGACUAUCAGGAGGGCAACUACGGAUCUUUCGAGUACGGCAGGUACGGUAACCCGACCACGAAGGCGUGCGAGGAGAAGAUUCGCCUGCUGGAGGGUGGCGAGGACUGCCUCCUGUCCUCUUCCGGGAUGAACUCCGCCAUCUGCAUGCUCCUCGCGCUCGUCCCCGCGAACGGCCACAUCGUCACCACCACCGACUGCUACAGGCGGACCCGGCAGUUCGUGCAGACUUUCAUGCCCAAGAUGGGCGUGACCUGCACGGUGCUGGACCCGUCCGAUUACGACGGACUCGAGAAGGCGCUCGACGAGCACGACUGCUCGCUCUACUUCUCCGAGUCCCCGACGAACCCGUACCUCCGGUGCGUGGACAUCGAGCGCAUCGCCAAGCUGUGCAAACCCAAGGGAUGCCUCGUGUGCAUCGACGGAACCUUCGCCACGCCCGUCAACCUCAAGGCGCUCAAGCACGGCGCCGACCUCGUCAUCCACUCCGCUUCCAAGUACUUCGGCGGGCACAACGACGUUUUGGCCGGCGCCAUCGUCGGCGACAAGGAGACGGUGGCGAAGGUUCGCCAGUUUCACAACAUCCUCGGCGGCGUCAUCGAUCCCCACGCGGCGUACCUGGUGAUGCGCGGCAUCAAGACGCUUCAGCUCCGGGUCGAGAGGCACAACGAGAACGCGAUGAAGCUGGCGACGGCGCUGGAGAAGCACCCGAUGAUCGAGAAGGUUCACUACCCCGGCCUUCCCUCGCACCCCGACCACGAGGUUGCGAAGAAGUACAUGAACGGUUUCGGCGGCGUGGUAUCCUUUGAGGUCAAGGGCGACUUGUGGGCGACGGCCAAGUUCAUCGAUAACUGCCGCCUGCCGUACAUCGCGCCGUCCCUCGGCGGCGUCGAGUCGCUCAUCGAGCAGCCCACGGUGGUGAGCUACUGGGACCAGGGGCCGGAGAGGCGCGCGGAGAUUGGGAUUAAGGAUAACCUCGUGCGCAUGGCCUGCGGCAUCGAGGACUACGCAGACAUCGAGGCGGAUAUCAUCCAGGCGCUCGACUCCAUCAAGGACGGCGUCGAAGCUCCCGCGAAGGCGACCAGCGCCUAA